CGGAAGUGGGAAAGGAGAAGGAGAAGCAGGGGGCGGCCAUGUCGAUACUGCCGGACGAGUCGCGGUCGCUGCUGCCGCCGAACAUCGUGAACCGCAACUCGUUGGUGCUGGGCGGCAUAGGCUGGGCCGCGGUCGUGCUCAGCAACCUCGGCUAUCGCCGCCCCCCACUGGGCUCCGGUGUCCAUCGCCAGAUCCUUGGUCUAUCGAUAGGCUGGUUUAUUGGCUAUUAUGCAACCAGACGAGAAAACUACUACUACGCUUGCCGGGACAGAGCUCUGUUCCAAUACAUAAAGCAUCAUCCAGAGGACUUUCAGCUGAAAGAAAAGAAAAAGUUGGGUGAAGUUUUGGAGCCCUUCCAUCCAGUACGCUGAAGACUCCCCAAGCAACUACUGACUUGUCUUCUGGGGCACGUUCUUCUCGCCAUUUCCAUGCAUAUGAUUGGAGCAGGCUGUAUACGACUAACUGUCCAAAUACCCUGGCUUAAAAUGCAAGGAUCUUGUAUUUAAAAAGUAUGAAUAAAAACUGUUCCCUUCA